AUGGCCAAAUGUGACCCACGCCAUGUCAGGUACGUGGCAUGCUGCCUGAUGUACCGAGGUGAUGUGGUGCCCAAGGACGUGAAUGUAGAUGUAGCCACCAUCAAGACAAGGCGCAUUAUCCAGUUUGUUGAUUGGUGCCCCACUGGAUUCAAGAGCAGCAUCAGCUACCAGCCACCAACUGUUGUCCCAGGGGUGGACCUUCCUUUGCAUGCGAAAAAUACAUUAAGUGGCCAAGAAUCCUUACAAAUGCAGUACCUCAGGUGCCCCAACAGCGUUUUGGGUUUACCAAACAGCAACUAUAUGUUCUUAAGGCACAAAUACUCGCAUUUCAACCUUUUUCAACUCGAGAAGGAGCUCCUGAAUGGGAUUUCGAGUGUGAUGGAAUAUGAGCAUUGUGAAAUAGCGUCAGUUCGUGUGCUGCAAGUGCAUGAAGCAUCAUGUGAACCACGGGAUACCCUGUUCUGCAGCAGCCUCCUCUUCCAGCUACACAUAUCAACUCCAUGA